GGAAUAAUAAUGAAAAACAAUGUAAAGGCAACUGUGCCCACCGGAUGAUAGUGUCACCAUCCCAGAUUUGAUACCUACUCGUGACUCCCUCCACUCUCCUCUCUACUAAUUUCACCCCACUGCUGGUCUAAUUGAGCAUCGCCAUGGCGUAAUUGAUACAACGUUGAGGAAUUCAAGCCUAUCUCAUCAGUAAGAUAGUCUUAGGGUGACUUAGUAGCCUUUGAUCAUCGCGGACCGGAAACCACUCCUUAAGAAGGUGAAUGUCUAAGCUCCAUUGGACAAAAGAAGGAGUCGUCUGAGUGGCUUGAGAUAUCUUCAGAAUUCGUAUGCUUGGCCAAGUGACGUACAGCAACCGUCUGAUUGGCCUGAGUGACGAUGAGGUUGACGAGACUGGCAAACAAGAAGACGCUGGGGAUAUUCGGAGUAUGUUGGUUGGUCGCCACUUUCCUCACUGGUUUGGGGAUGUACAUGACAUCCUGCUCCAGUCACUGGUCAUCACUCGCCACCACUGCCUCCACCCCCAAACUCCUCACCACUGCUGACAAGUUCCGCAAACACAACGGAUGUGGGGGCUCGUGGACGCUUAGGGAGGGUUACUUGAUAAUGGUGACGGGUUUCCUGUUCAACUUGGCGGUGCUGGCGGUAAUGGUGAUUACUCUCGUCAUUGAAAGACGCUCGAUCACUUCUGUCAACAGCAUCAGACAGGACUCUCCACCAGACUACGAUACCCUAGCAAGCUCUGAGACGCCUCCGCCAUCCUAUUUCGAACUGGAGAUAGACCAGCAGAACUGUGACUACAACUCCUCCGUUACGUCUACCCUCACUACCCCACCCCCAGCUACCCACUUGGAAUAUACACAAUUGUCAUCUAAAAUUAAAAGUUGGCUUCAGAAACCUGGAUACCCGCUAGGAACAGCUGUAAAUACAUCACAAUGUAUAUUAAGUCUUCAGUACUAAGAAGGGGUAUUGUACUUGACCGCCUCCAUUUUCCCAACUGUGAAGUCAGGUACCUUUUUUUCAAUUGAUUUUAUUCUAGAUUAUUAUUAGUUCGGAUGUAUUUAAAUUAUUUCCACUUUAUAUGUUAAGCAUUCUUCUUAUAAUGUUUAUGUCACAUUAUUUAACAUGAUAUUAAAAAGAAAAGCGAUAA